AUUGCUCCAAUUAUGCUGUACCACGCGAACGUCGCAAUGAAAGUGCUGCAGAGACUAAUAAAAUCCAGGGGGAAAUCACAGAUCAAACACCUCAAUGUCCAGAUGUUGGCUGCUGAGAAACUGAUACAAUGUCCUCCGGAACUGUUUGAUGUCAUUUUGGAUGAGAAUCAGUUAGAAGAUGCCUGUGAGCACCUUGCUGAAUAUAUGGAGGUGUACUGGAGAGCCACACAUCACCCCUCGCACCAACAGACUAGCCAGAACCUAAUGACACCACCCACUGCCAUCCCUGGUUUAGAGAACCAGCAAGUUCUUUCGGAUAGAGCCAAUGAGCACUCCCCCCUAGAACGUGAUAGCCUAAUGCAGUCAGAUGAGGCAAGCGAAACCUCUCGUAAAACCUGGACGGCCUCUUCCCAGAGGAGCUCCCGCCACAUGGAGGAGGAAUACUCUGAUGCCUACCAGGACCUGUACCAGCCUCACCGGCACCACAACAGUGGUUUGCACAACACCAAUGGCCAUGACUCUCAGGACCGCCUUCUGGAGCGUGACUCUGAGCAGAACCACAAUGACAGGAACUGGCAACGCAACCGCCCCUGGCCCAAGGACAGCUAUUGAGAGGAAUUCCUCUCCACACACCCAUCCAACACACAUACACACACUUCUCCUGCAUGGCAGUGCAUGCCAUGAGGCACAGCCACCAAGUGUAAAUUUCAGGGUAGCACCAAGAGGCAAGAAUGCACUGCGGGAGAAAAACAGCCUGAUCCUGACCGGCCUGCAAAAAUACUAAGGGCAGAAGGGCUGUUUAUGAGUAGUUGUACAUUUGCAGCACCUGACUGCAAUAUGAAUCAGAAAGCAGAGCCAAGAUACAACAUAUGUUCUUGUGGUUUACAGGUAGAGGCAGUGUAAUGCUGGAAACAAGUAACACACUUAAACAUUCACAAACACUGUCAAACCCUUCAGAUCUCAUGCUGUUGUGGCAUCAGUUACAUUACAGGUACUGAAUAUUUUUUACAGAAAUUUCCAUGCAAUAGUGCUGGGAAUCCAGCUCUGACUGCCAAGAUACAAACACUGGGGUGUCAUUAUCGCCCUUGGCUAUAUCCAACUGAUAUAACAAUGGGCAGUGUGAUCACCCCAGGAUAGGGUUACCGCUCUACAUCUUUAAUUGUAAUGACACAAGCUAUAGUAUUCACACUCUGUGUGGAACAGGGAAGUAAA